UUCCCUUCAGAUACUUCUUCUUUCUGUUUAAGUGUAGAUAAACCAGCAGCCAAUGGGGUUGUGGUGAUAACUUGUCAUAAUGUAAUUGGUGGCUCCGCAGGACAGAAUAAUAUAAAAAUGAGCCAAACCCUCAGCAGAGCAGAGACUGGAAGGACUCUGAGAACCAUGGCUUCUCUUCAGAUACUUCUUCUCCUGUGUAUCACUGUUUCAGUGAGCGCAGCUGGACAUCUGCAGAAAAGAAUCUACGGAGGUAGAAACUGUAACGACAAUGAGCGUCGGUACCAUGUCAUGCUAGAACAAAAAAAUGGUACACACGUGUCUCGCUGUGGUGGCUCUCUAAUCAGUGAUCAGUGGAUUCUGACUGCAGCUCACUGCUGGAAAACGGCAUUGACUUCCAGUACUAUGAAUGUGAUUGUAGGAGUUCAUCCAGGUAACAAUAAGAAGAAAAUGGAAAUAAAUCAAGCAGACAUAUUCCCUUUUAAAGACACAAACAAUAACGUUCAUGACGUCAUGUUACUGCGGCUGCCUGAGAAAAUCACAGACAUCACACCCAUACAGCUUCCUGACUGUACUGGUAAAGAUGAGCCUGUAAUAAAUGACUUGGUUGAGGUAGCAGGGUAUGGCAACUGUAAAAUAGACCAGACAACUGGUUUAGAAGUGAAGAGUCGACCAGCAAAACUCCAAUGUGCGGAGAUGAAAGUUGAGGACUGUAUGAAAGGUCAAGCAUCAAUACAGGAAUGUAAACCAAAUGAGCCAUUUGGAAACUGGCUUUGUGCAGAACCCUAUGCAGGGGAAACGUGUCGAGGCGACUCUGGUGGUGGACUGGUGUUCAAUAACAGGAUACACGCUGUUGUCUCGAAUGGCCCUACAUGUCAUAAAAAUCGUGGAACACAUGUGUUCUUGAAGGUCUGUCGUUACAUGAAAUGGAUCAAAAACACCCUCAAAGAAAGAAAACGGGAUAAGAAAAGAAAAUUCUGGGAAGGAAUUGUAAAUAAAAUGGGUUAAUAUCACAAGAAACUAUUUCACUUAGUGAACCAAAUGUAAACAGGAUGAAGCAACAUGAUACAGUAUAUUGGUGUUAAUGUUACCUAAUGACCAUGGUUCAGUUUUAUGGUUGAUCGAACAUGAUUUUCUUGGGUUAUUUGAACGUGUAUGAUAUUAAUGUUUGUUACCUAAUGUUAUAGGGUAGUAACAACAAGUUAAUAAAUUUAAAAUAAUUAAAAUAAUAAAUUAUGCUAUAUUAACACAACCAAUGUAAAGUUAUAAAAUGUUUUGUGCCAAGAUUAACUUUUCAAAAUUACAUACAAAUAAAGUUAUCUUUGAAACAGCAUUUCUAUUAUGCAAACUAACAUAUAUCCCCAGCUGGUGUGUAGGUUGGAGAAGACACAAAGCACAUUGGAUUUAGACUGGU